AUGACCUCCACGAUCGGCAUCCCGAUCAAACUCCUCAACGAGGCAACAGGCCACCAAGUGACCGUCGAAAUCGACUCCGGCCAGACCUACCGCGGCAAGCUCAUCGAAGCCGAAGACAACAUGAACGUCCAGCUUGAGAACAUCAACGUCACGCAGCGCGACGGCCGCGUCACGCACCUCGACCGCGUCUACAUCCGUGGCUCCCACGUGCGCUUGUUUAUUGUGCCGGAUAUGUUGAGGAAUGCGCCCAUGUUUCGGUCGAAGGCGAGUCGGGGACGGGGUGUGGGUUUGGCGAGAGGACGGGCGACGGUGAAUCGCGCGAGGGGGCCGGGGCCGGGACGGGGUGGACGUGGAUAA